GGCGGCCGCCCCUGCCCUGGUGAUUGCCGCUGCACACUGGCCCAUCUGCUUCCCGAGGAUGACGAGGGCGCUCCGGGGCUGCCUGCUCACCUGCUGGGCGCCUCUCCUCGCCACUUUGUGCUGCUGCGGCGCGCGCUGGGCUGCCUCAGAUGACAAUGUCUUCACCAUUCAGCAUAAAAAGAGCAACAAAUGCAUCCAAAUUAAAAACCUGCAGAUAUUGGCAGGGGAGUGCCAACAGUCAAAAGAGGCCUUAUGGACUUGGGUCUCCCAACAUCGCCUCUUUAACUUGGGAUCCGGACGGUGCCUCGGGCUAGAUAUUACAAGAACCAGUAAACCUUUGAAAAUGGUAGAGUGUGACUCAAGCCUUAUUCUAUGGUGGCGAUGUGCUGAUGACUUAAUACUUACUGCAAAUGAGAACAAAUUGGCCUUAAAGGAGGAAUACGUUACUGCAAGCAAAGAUUCUUCUGACGGGUGGAGCAGAAACAACUCUAGUGACGUCGUUUGUAAAUAUCCUUAUCAUGAGACAUAUACAAGGGAAGGGAAUUCCUUUGGAAAGCCCUGCGAAUUCCCCUUUCUGCUUAAUAAUACAUGGCAUUAUGACUGCAUACGCAAUGACGUCUUUGCAGAUGGUGAAUGGUGCUCCACUACCUACAAUUUUGAUCAAGAUGGAAAAUGGGGAUACUGCUUAAAACCAGAGAAUGGUUGUCAGAACACAUGGGAGUAUGAUGAAGCUUCUGGGAGUUGCUACCAGUUAAACACUCAGGCUUUUCUUUCUUGGAAAGAAGCUUACAUUUCGUGUCAACGGCAAGGUGGAGAUUUGCUGAGCAUCACCAACUCAUCUAUGUUAAGCUACUUUAGAGAUAAAGAUGGCAUUGCAGAAAUAUUUUGGAUCGGAUUAAACCAACUGGACAAUUAUGGAGGCUGGGAGUGGUCAGAUCACACACCAUUGCACUUUGUUAGCUGGAGCCCCGAGAUGCAGAAUUCAUCGCCACUAGAUGGGACAAGUUGUGUGGUUAUGAAUGCUGACACAGGCCUCUGGAAGAGUUAUCCUUGUGAGACGGCACUUCCUUAUGUAUGCAAAAAACAAUUCAACAGUACCAAAUCAGAGUUUCCAGAAGUUCAAGACUACGUGGAGACUCAGUGCGAUUCUGACUGGCUUCCUCACAAUGGGUUUUGCUAUUUGCCAACGGCCAACUCCGCUUCCUGGGAAGUUGCAAAGCAGUCAUGUAAAGCCAAGAAUGGUGACCUGAUCAGCGUACAUUCAUUAGCAGAUGUUGAACUGGUUGUUACCAAACUUCAUAAUGAAACAAAUGACAAAAUGUGGAUCGGUUUCAUGAAUACGGACAUGCCAGCUUCAUUUAAGUGGUCAGAUGGUUCAGAAGUAGUAUUCACUUACUGGGACCAGAAUGAGCCAAACAUUCCUUUCAACAGCACUCCUAAUUGUGUGGCGUAUUCAGGAAAGUUGGGACGAUGGAAAGUCCUUCCUUGUGAAAAUCAACUUAAAUAUGUGUGCAUGAAAAAAGGAAAGAUUUUGAAUGAAACAACAUCUGGUAAAGAUUGUCCUCCUAAUGAGGAAUGGAAGAGACAUGGAAAUUUUUGCUACAAGAUUCUGAACAAUAAAGUGUCCUUUGGAGCGCAGUGCAAUCUCACUAUAGAAAACAGAUUUGAGCAAGAAUUCAUAAAUAGUUUGAUUAGAAAGCAUAGCAAAGUUGAAGAGAAAUAUUUCUGGACGGGCUUGCAGGGCCUCAACUCGUCGGGAGAGUACAGCUGGGGAAGUGCAGAUGGAACUAUUGAAAAGCUAACAUAUACAAACUGGGAUAGCCUUCAGCCAGAAUUUUCUGGAGGAUGUGUGGCGAUGGCCAGUGGAAAACACCUUGGAAAGUGGAAAGUUCAGUCUUGCAGUACAUUUAAAGCAUACUCUAUUUGCAAAAAAUACACUGGGCCACCAAGGCCAACAGAAGUGCUGCCUAAAGAAAGCGACCCUUGCCCUCCAGGAUGGCAGAGCGGAUCAGGUCUUUCCUGCUAUAAGUUAUUCCAUAAGGAAAGAGUGCUGAGAACCAGAACCUGGGAAGAAGCAGAAAGGUUCUGUGAGGCUAUUGGUGGACAUCUUCCUAGUUUUAGCCAGCAGAAAGAAACAAUGGACUUCCAUAAUAUAAUGAGAACUAUCAUCAGUGAUGACCGAUGGGUCUGGGUUGGGCUAAAUAAGAGGAAUCCAGAAUAUCUGGGAUCAUGGCAGUGGAGUGACAAUAAGCCUGUAUCUACUGUUGUUAUACCCCGUGAGUUUCAAGAAGAUGACUAUGACGUUAGAGACUGUGCUGCCUUCAAGUCUCUUAGAGCAAGACGGAGACCAUACUGGCCCCCUUAUCUUUUUGAAGAUAGAGAAUAUUUCUAUUUAAAACCUUUCCGUUGUGACGCUAAACUGGAAUGGGUCUGCCAGAUUACUAAAGGCUCUAAGAUAAACUAUCCAGAGUGGUACAAGCCAGAUGAAGAUGGAAUUCAUGGACUUCCACUGGUUAUUGAUGGGUCUGAAUUCUGGUUUGUGCCAAAUAAGAACCUGAGCUAUCAAGAAGCUGCUCUCUACUGUUCUAAUAAUGGAAGUGAUUUGGCUUCUCUGACCUCAUUCACAGAACUAACUGGGGUUCUACACAGACUGGAAAAUUUAUCAGAUACGAGGCAGCACUGGUGGCUGAAGUCUGUGGCUCCUGCAAGUCGCUUCCAUUCAUGGUUUCCAGUAUAUACAGAUUUUCAUGACCGACAUGUCACGGAUUGUUGGCAUAUUUCAUAUCAUACGUGGUACAAAGAUCCCAGAAUAAACUGUAAUUCGAAACUCCCAUUUAUCUGUGAGAAAUACAACACGUCACUAUUGGAAAGACAUGAUCCAGAUUACAAACCACCUAAAAAAAUGUGUCCUGAUGGUUGGCAAGUAUUCCAGAAUAAGUGCUUUCAAACAAUAGCUCCUCAGAAUGUCACAUAUAAACAAGCAAAUGAAAAAUGCGAAACACUUGGAGGCUUUCUUCCUUCAAUUAAAAGCCAAGCUGAACAAGAUUUUAUAACAUCCUUGCUUCCCGGUAUGCCAAAAGACGUUUGGAUUGGUUUGCAGUUUCUGGUGAAUAAACAGGAAAGCAAGUGGGCAGAUGGCAGUGAAUUACGGUAUAUCAAUUUCCACCCAUUGAUCCGAGGAAGAGUAAGGAGGGUUUUAGUUGAUCUGUUUAAUGAAGAUGUGACCAACCAAUGCGGUGUUUUGCUGAACAAUCCCGACUCUUUGUAUAUUGGGACCUGGAAUUUGACUUCUUGUGCUGAUACUCAGGCUGUGGCUAUAUGCCAGAGGAAGAAAGAUGCUGUUUCUGCUGACAACCAAACAGAAGAGAUGUCUAAUAUCACCACAAGUUACUUAAACAUUAAAUAUAUCAUAAUUCUGAAGAACUUGACUUGGUAUGAUGCUCUACAGGAGUGCCAGCUGAACAAUAUGCAGCUGGUUAGCAUCACAGAACAAUACCAGCAGGCUUUCCUUGCUGCUAAAGCUGCCCAACAUAACUCUCCGCUCUGGAUUGGAUUCUCCAGCAAAGAUGAUGGAAUUCACUAUCAGUGGUCAGAUGGAAAACAUGUUAGUUUAAGUUACUGGUCUGAAGAAGAAGGUGAAGAUGUAGAUGACUGUGUAUACUUGGACAGCGAUGGAUUCUGGAAAACUGCUGACUGCGAUGUAGAAAAACCUGGAGCUGUUUGCUAUUCACCAGGAAAUGAAACAAAGGAAGCAGAAACAUAUGGAUCUAUUAAAUGUCCACACAAGGUUAAAAAUACACCAUGGAUACCAUUCCAAAACAGUUGUUAUACGUUCAUAAUAACAAAGGAUAGAUGGAAGGAAAUGAAAUCAAAUGAAGCCCACCAUUUAUGCAAGGCGAUGAAUACCGAUGCCUCUGUCUUGAGUAUCAAGAAUGAAAAUGAAAAUAGUUUUGUUGUCGAGCAACUUCAGACAUUCAGUGGCCUCGCUCACUGGGUGUGGUUGGGGCUGAUUUAUGAUGAGAAUGAUACAGUUCUAAAGUGGUAUGAUGAAUCAUACCUGUCUUUCAAUAAGUGGAGAGAAGGGAGACCUUACAUAAGGAGUAAUAAUUUUGUUGCUGGUGUUAACUUGGAUGGAUUAUGGGAUAUUUACAAUUACACUGACAAGUGGAUACCCAUGCGAUUUCAUCACUACAGUGUCCUUGUCUGUAAAAUAGAAAUGGGGCCCAAGGAGAAUAAAUCAGCACUGCCUAAGAAGCAACAAUAUGGAAACAACACAUACUGGAUUCUUCAAAAGAAGCUCACUUGGUACAAAGCAUGGAAAGAAUGCAAGCAAAAUGGAAGCGAUUUAGCUAGUAUACAGAGUGAAUCACAACAGUUGUUUCUAGAAGGCAUGGUAAAGCAGGAUGGAUUUUCACUGUGGCUUGGCUUAUCCAGUCAUGAUAUGAAUGAAUCUGAUUUUGAAUGGUCUGAUGGAAGCACAUUUGAUUAUAAACCUUGGGAAUUUGAGGUCUCUCGGCUUCCUGGAAACUGUAUUUUUUUAAACAUUAAUGGGUUUUGGAGUCAUAAGAAGUGCACAGAUGUUCUUGAUGGAGCUAUUUGCUACUCCCCAUCAGAAGAAAAACAAUCAGUGCAAAUUGAAGAUUACACAACAUGUCCAAAAACAACUAGCGGCUCAUCGCAGUGGAUACAAUAUAAUGAUUAUUGUUAUGCAUUCAAUGUAGAAUUUUACAAUUAUUCAAUAUACACUGCUGAAGAGGCUGAAACAGUCUGCCGGAAGCUUGACCGUUCUGCAACACCUUUGACUAUAAAGGAUGAAAAAGAAAAUGCAUUUGUUUCUACAUACUUGAAAAAACAUUACUUUGUCACCAAAAGAGUAUGGCUUGGAAUUAAUCCUAAAGCUAUAUCUUUGAGAUGGCUUGAUGACUCUGACAUUAAAUAUACCAAUUGGGAAAAAGAACAGGAAAAUGCCAAUGAUAAAUGUGGUGUUAUAUUGUCCACAAGCGGAAAAUGGACCAAAACUGACUGCUCAAAAGGCCUAAGCAGAGUUGUUUGCAAGGUUCCUCGAGGUUCCAAUAAAGUAGGAGUGGUGAUAGCUUUUGCUGUUAUACUUGUUCUGGCUUUUGUUGUUGGAUUGGUAUGGUUCCUAUACAAGAAAAAACGACUGCAGUGGGGUGGCUUCUCCUCAGUACGUUACGAACGAGGGAUAUACGAAGAUGAAAGUCAUAGCAUGUUUACUAGAGAUGACAACUGAACAACUGUAUCUGCUGGCUGCAUUUGUACGAUUUCUGGAAUUGGUUAUUUUGGCAUCUUGUUCUAUAGGUUUUGUUUUAGCAAGCCUAUGAGGAAUGUAUUGACUUGGAGCUAAAUUGUGACUUCUGGGUGCCAUGUGCAUUUUGUUCAGAACAUGUUUUUUUCGACAGCAACCGUCC